AUUGAAUAAUGAAUAAAAUGUACGAACAUGCCGUAAUUAUCUUAAAUUUCGCGUUUAUCUUAUUUACUUAGAUUUUGUGUUUGUGAUAACCAGUCUAUAUGUUGUUUGCUGGACCUCCAGUCAAUUUGCUUAUCAACAUAACAAUGGGCAAAGAUGACAAAGAAGAAACCGGCUUCGGAUUCAAAGACAAAGCUAAAGCUGAAGAGACACUGAAACUUCUAGAACAGCAUGAAAUGAACUACCGAAGAUUGACCGUGCGUGGUUUGCUGGGGCGAGCGAAACGGGUGCUCUCCAUGACGAAGGCAGAAGACAAAAUAAAGAAUAUAAAAGAAGCAAUGGAAGUGUUCGAGAAUUGGCUCGCAGACUUAGACAAGAACAAAGAAAAGAAGACUGAGAAGAAGGAAGAGAAGGCGGAAUCGAAUAAAAAAGAGACGGAAGAGAAAAAUGGAGAUGAUAAGGACUCGGAAUCUGAUGAAGAGAUGGAAGAAAAACCGAAAGAGAAGAAGGAUGUGCCAGCAGACACCGUUCCUGGUCUCGGCUUCAAGGAUAGGGAUACUGCAGAUGGUACCUUAAAGGAAUUGGAGGGGAGAGACCCUGAUUACCAGAAGUUAGCUGUGAAGGGACUGAUUGGGAGGGCGAAGAGAGUUCUCACAUGUACACGCGACGAAACCAAGCUAUCCAAUAUCAAAGAGGCAAUAUCCAUAUUCGAGAAAUUUUUGGACGAUUUUGACACUUUGCACCUGAGUAAACAGAACAACCCGUAUGUAAGCCUGGGCAUUGUCCGGACAGCUGUUAAAUCUGCUGGCGAGAACGUAACUGAACAACAGAGAUCAUUUAUAGCUGCAUACUCGUCCGUGAAUGGUGAAUACAAGAGGUUGAGAACAGUCCAAGACGAACAAACGGGUAAGACGUGGGAUAUCGUAAGGAAUGCUGCACUGAAGACACUCAAGGAAAAGCACGCCGACGCAAAACUAUUCAACGAGAAAGAUGAACCUACCAGCGAGCAUCUAGAAUUACUUUUAUGGGCUUAUUCACCAGAAGCGGCGCGCGUAAAAAAAGUCGUGCCAGAGACAAAGGAAGAGAAGCAAGAUGGAGAUAGGAAACGGCGGGCUAGCGACCGAGACAGCGAGUCGCCGAGUAAAAAGAAAAAAGAAUAAUGUAAUGAUAACCUGUCAAAAUUGGCGGCAAAAACAAGAUCAAUUGGCUAAUGGCAACACAAAUCGCCAGAGCCAAACCAGAAAAAAAAACAAGAUCAAUCUACCUAAAAUAGGCUGUAUGGUCUAGAAAUCUUAGCCUAUCUUAUAGGCGGUGUUGCCAUGUUCAAAACACGAAACCAGAGACAAUGAAGCAACUAAGUUUUUGCGCGCAAUAUUUGCCAGUUGCAUACAAUACACUGGAGUAGCUUACUCGAAUGUACUGUAUGCAAGUAGUCUAGGCGGAUCCAGCUUUGGCGCCAGGAGGGGGUCACAUAGUCGUGGUCAAAUCAAGAACUUAUAAUUAUAUUUUGAUCACAAUAGACACAAGUAAAAAGUAGAUAUUUUAUUAAUGUACGUAAAUACUGUACUUAAAGAUAUUAAUAAAAUCUGUAUGGUGACAAAAUAUAUAAAUAAAAUUAUUAUGUUCAAUUAGUGGUCCACCUAAGUCCUGGGCUCAGGGGGGUCAUGACCCCCACGACCCCCUGGAUCCGCCAUUGUUGUUAUAUUGUCAUAGAGUAUUCCAUAUGUAAAAUACAGCGCAAGUGAUCAAGUUAUUUGUCGAUUUAUGCAUUUGUCUAUUUUAAAUAAAAUGUCGUU